AGUAGAGAGUCGAUUAGUUGACACUCGGAUGAAUUCAUUGGGAACAUCAUCCACCAUCUAGCAGGCCACACACCUGGAGAUACUUCUAUUUUCUUCCAUUUUAAAUGUAUUAUUCGCGAUAGAUAUGGCGGACAUGUUUUCAACGCUGUUUAAUCAAAAUGAAGCUCAGGGACCACCCAGCUCAUCGUCCCUGGGCUUCGGACCGGGGAAACCUCCGCCGCCUCUUCCGCAGAACCAAGUCUCCAUGACGGGGCAGAUGCCACCGCAGCUCGGGGAUGAAGGGCCUGCUCUGCGGAAGCCCGGAGCAAUGAAUGAACCUUUCUACUUACUACGAGAGCUACCUGUGGGAAACGAGUUGACAGGCAAUACCAACCUCAUUACGCACUACAACCUGGAGCAUGCCUACAACAAGUUCUGUGGGAAGAAAGUGAAGGAGAAGCUCAGCAACUUCCUGCCAGAGUUACCAGGUAUGAUCGACUGUCCCGGCACUCAGGAUGGCAGCUCAUUGCGGUCUCUGCAUGAUAAGCCUCCAGUCUGCGGAAACUCCUUCAGUCCACUAACCGGCGCUCUGCUUACAGGCUUCAGACUACACACAGGACCGCUCCCAGAACAAUACCGAUUAAUGCACAUACAGCCUCCAAAGAAGAAGAGCAAACACAAACACAAACACCAUCGACCACAGGACCCAUUACCACAAGAAACCCCAUCAGACUCUGAUCCCAAGAAAAAGAAGAAAAAGAGGGAUGAUGAUCCUGAUCGCAAGAAAAAGAAGAAAGACAAGAAAAAGAAGAAGAACCGCCACAGUCCCGACCACCCUGGCCUUGCCGGCUCACAACCCAACAGCAACAGUCUCAGAUAGACAGAAGCCCACUGUGUGCAUGCCUGUGUGUGCGUGUGACUGUGUGAUUGUGCAUUUUGUAAAAGAGAAUGUGUGUGUUUUACAGAUAAUUGUAUUAUUGAAAAUAUGCCAUAGUGAACGAAAGGAUCUAUUGAAAUGAUGCAAAUGGUUGUAUGAUGCGUGUGACAGUGACAGAGCAGCUACACAGUGGAUGUGGGCGACAAUGAAAAGAAGUGUUACAGAGCAGUGUAAAUGGCAGAAAGCCGCUGAUGUUAUGGAUGAGUGAGCAGGCACUGUAUGUAUGUUUUCUUUGAUUUUGUUGUAAUAUCUUUUGACUAUAAUGCCAAAAUCAAAUAAACUUUGGUUAUUA